CCGGCGGAUCUCGCGAGAGCGGGCGCUGCGCUGCGGUAGGAGGUCGGCGGAGAAGGACGGACGGAGCCGCCGCCGCUCCCGCCGCCGCCUCAGCCUCCUCGCCUUCCUCCUCUUCCUCCUGCCCCUGCCUCAGGAAGAUGCCGCGCUCCGGGCCGCUCCCCGCCGCCUUCUCGCUCCUGCUGGCGACGGCCGCGCUGCUGCCGGGACCCGCCGCGGCGCAGAACGAGCCGCGGAUCAACGCCAGCGAGGACGUGGUGCUGCACGUGGCCGGCGUGGCCGUCACGCUGCAGUGCAACCUGACCAGCAGCCCCAGCCCCCUGGCCGCCAGCUACUGGGUGAAGAAUGGAGAGGAGAUCCCGGGCACCAGGAAAGCCUCCAACACCACCGAGUACAGGAUCCUGAAGGCCCGAGCAGAGGAGUCAGGGGAGUACCUGUGUGUGUUCGUGUUCUCCGGCUCGCCCGUGGCCAACGCCACCAUCGAGGUCAGAGCCGUUCCUGACAUCACUGGGCACAAGAGGAGUGAGAACAAAAACGAGGGCCAGGAGGCCCUGAUGUACUGCAAGUCCGUGGGCUUCCCCCACCCCGAGUGGGUGUGGCGCAAGAAGGUCAAUGGCGUGUUUGAGGACAUCAACAACUCCUCGGGCAGGUUCUUCAUUUCCAACAAAGAGAACUACACCGAGCUGAGCAUCACAAACCUGCAGAUCAACGAGGACCCCGGCGAGUACCAGUGCAACGCCACCAACCAGGUGGGCUCCGUGUCGGUCACCACCAUCCUGCGCGUGCGCAGCCACCUGGCCCCGCUGUGGCCCUUUCUAGGCAUCCUGGCAGAGAUCGUCAUCCUGGUGGUCAUCAUCGUCAUCUACGAGAAGCGGAAGCGGCCGGACGAAGUUCCCGACGAUGAUGAACCAGCUGGGCCAAUGAAAACCAAUUCUACAAACAAUCACAAAGACAAAAACUUACGUCAGAGAAACACAAAUUAAAAAUGCUCAUCAUAGCUUUAAGUUUCUGAGAGACUGAUGGCAAUAUGACCUGCUAAAUUUAAGGGUUGGAACUCUUGGUUCUAGAACUCCAGUUCUGUCUGAUUUCUUUUUUUUUUUUCUUUCCUUUCCAAGUGAGCAACAAUAUGACUGUCUAACGCAUGCCUUAUUUAGCCUCUCCUGCAAGGAUGACCUAGUCAGAUGAAUUUUAAUAAUGCUUCCGUGUAGAAGGUGUAAACUCUUUUGGGCUUGAUGUGCUGUGAAUGUUGCUUUUUUUUCCUCCUUUCCUCUCUUUACACGAGCAGUAGCCAGGCGGGUUCACGCAUGCGCUGUUUUUUACUUCCUGUAGCUGUUAAAUUCGGCACCGCUCAAACCGCACCGCUGCCAUCUAGUGAGACUUCUUUUGUAAAGUACAGCAAAACUUAAAGAUAUAUACAGUAUAUAUUUAUAUUUGGGGAAGGGGAAACCAGAAGUCGUUGUGGUUCAUUUUGAAGCUGCUGAUAUUCAUUCCUUACUGUAUGGCUGGAAGGAGGGAGUGAUGCCGGGCCGGUGCUCACAGCAGGGACAUUGGAAUUUCCUUAAGGGCUUUAACCAUGGAGCGCGGGGUGUCCUGUUGGGCGUCGGGGCUGGGUGGUGCCAGGGGCUGCUGGUGGUGGUGGGAUGCAGUUGGAAACAAAAACAAACCUUCAGUUUAUAAAUAUAUAUAUAUGAUUGCUUUUUAAGUGAUUUUUUUUUUUUUGUUAACUCAUGUAAAUUCUCAAAUCCUUUUGCACUGAUGUGUUCGACAUAUUCUUGUACAUUCAAUUCAGGCAAACUUUUAUAAUUUUCUUUUUUUUUUUUUUUUGUUUUGUUUAAAUGAUGAAAUGUUACAGCAUGGUGAUAUUCUAUGCAACUAGUUAUUCCUCUUUAGUUUGACACUGUAAUUUCUCAUGAUUUAAAGAUUGUAGAAAUAGACCUACCAGGGUUCUCAUGAUGUGCGUAACUGUAGCUGCAUGAACUCGUGUUCUGUGUAUUUGUUGAAGUGCAAUGAUGUAUAAAAAGUGGAUUCACCUGUUUUUAAAAAUAAAACACCGACAAAAACC